AUUUGUCUGCUGUGAUGUCGCCUCCAGAAGCAUGUGAUGACCCACACCAGUCAGAAAGGUUCCCGCCGGGACCGCAGUCCACUGCAGCCGCGCGGCCGCAACAUGGGCGGGGAGCAGGCUGAGCGCGCCCUCCGCUAUGGCCGGACGAAGAAGAUCGGCGAGGUCAUCCGGCGAGAGAAAAAUAACAAGGCAAUGAAGGACAAGAGGGCCAAUAAAGAUGAGGAAAAGAAGUCCGACAGGAAAUUGUAUCCGCUCCGAGGGAGGCUUGGAGAGGGAUUUAGCUGCCGUGUUCUCCUCACAAGGUUGGAGGAAAGCAUCAGAAAGAAAGCUGAAGAGAGAUCUCUCAGAGCCAAGUCCAGGAAAGGGAAGCUCGGCAAGCCCAAGUUGGCAUCUAAAGUCAAAUCAAAGCUUGUAAGGGCUCACGUCUCACAACCCCGCAAGCGUCGCCUGGCCUCCCUCAACGCAGAGGCCGUCAACACUCUGCUCCUGGAAAGGCCCACCGACCUCCAACUGGCAGCCAAGUUGGCCAAAAGACACCAGGGGGAACCUAUCAAUGGAUCAGGUUCCCUAGAUGUAGUGGCACCAAAACCCUCUCGAGGGAUGGUCUCUAAUCCGUCCUGUUCCCACAAAUUCGACCAAAUCUCCAAGAAGGUCAAGAAAGCCAGGCCUACCAGAGUAGACAAGAAACGGGCCAUGAGCUUGGAAAUUUUGGAUGUGCCGACCCCAAGGCGACUGGCUGGACUCAAUGCUGCCGCCCUGCUGAAGCUGACCAGCUUGUCUGCUGUGUCCAAACAGCGAGUCAAGACCACCACCACCACCACCACCACGUCGGACUGCAAGACUCCUUCCCAGAUCCAGACUCAAAAACAGCCUUCAAGAGUUAAACACAAAGAGCGACCUCAGAAGCAAAAAGAGGCUCCCACGAAGGUCUCCCCCAUGCACUGUUGUUGCGCAGCCUGCAAGGAUAAAGCCGACUUUGAGCCCAAAGUGGACUGGGAGUCUGGCAACCACGUGCUGGCCAAACCGGGCUACCAGUUCCGCAGCAUGUUAAGUUACUCCCUCAAAAACGUGAAGGAAGAACAGCUGGAAACUGAACUGAGCCCCUGCUAUUGCUGCCCCCCUGAGGGCUCCAUGGAAUACUGCCACCGUCUGGCCUUCUUCCUGGGGCACCCUGAGUCGGGCAACCGAGGUGGCACACCCGUCAAACGCGAGUGCCUGGUGACCACGCCGUCCCUGACACACUCCCACCCGGCACUCACCCUAAGCCCCCAUCCCUGCCUCUGUUACUACGUCCACAUCGCCCCACACCCGCCGCCACCUCACGCGGCAACGUCGGCCACGCUUGCCCCACGUCCUCUGAACUUUGUGCCACCUGCCUUGUGCCCAAACCGGAUGAUGGGUUCUAAGCUGCUGCCAGGCCCCCGCGUCGCCCACGCCUCAGGCAUACCUCACCCUGCAUGCUGCAACUCUGUGGCGUCCCCAUGUUACGGCGACACCUGCGGGAUGGGCAACUACACGUGCAGAGCCGUGCCCACCGUCGCCAGCAGAGGGUGCUCUUUCAACGUGGGCUGCACUGGAUGCUCGCAUGGUAUCAAAACAGAAACUUACUCCUCCCCUCAAGGUGACCACAACCCGUCUAUUCUGGUGCCGCCGUCCUUGCCUCUCUCCAACUGCCCUUUAUCCAGCAUGCCCACUUCCACCCAGACUACUAACCCCCACCCGCUCAACCCACUGUCGGACCAUGAGCAGCAUCAGGUGCCACGCCGAGCCUGGCUAAAAGCGGCCGCCAAUCUGUCUGGCAUCUCCAACGGAGACCAAAGCGCCGGGCCUCGGCCCCAACAACAAAGGCGAAUUGGCCGCAGACGCGCUACCAACGGAUGGCGGCCCGUGGGGGUCUCCACAGAGAAGGAGGUUUUCAUCGCGGGAGAGGACGAGACGGCACUCAGGCAGUGCUAUGAGGGCGUGGAGAGGGACGGCGAGGUGAUCCGCGUCCGAGACACGGUGCUGCUGCGCUCGGGCCCGAGGAAGAAGUCCCUGCCUUACGUGGCCAAAAUAUCCGCCUUGUGGGAGGAUCCCAAAACUGGGGAGCUCAUGAUGAGUCUUUUCUGGUACUACCGGCCAGAGCACACACAGGGAGGCCGAGACCCCAGCGUACAUUGCGAGAACGAGAUCUUUGCCUCUCGACAUCAAGACGAGAACAGCGUAGCCUGCAUUGAAGACAGAUGCUACGUCCUCCCGCUAGCCCAGUACUGUAGAUAUUGUGCCUUGAUGAAGCGUCGUUCUGAAGGCGCCCGACCCAGCGCCGGCAUCAGCAGCGUGGUGCCCUGCUGCCAGGAUUUUGCCCCGCCCUCCCACCGCUGUGUACCCACAGAUGUGGACCCCGAGCUGGUCUACCUCUGCCGACACGUCUACGACUUCCGCUAUGGACGCAUGCUCAAGAACCUGCAGUAAAAAAAAAGGGACUGGCGACACAGUGGGUGGAGACGAUGUUGUCUUUCCUGUGACAUUGUCAUUCAUAGGCAUAGGCUGGUAUCAAAUUCUGAUGGUGGUAUGACAACCGAAAGUUAAAAAAAAUAUUGCAAAAUGGGAAUCGCAGUGCACUUAUAUAGCGCUUUAAUUAGACCAUCGCAGUGCCCAAGGUGCUUCACGGAAGCUCACAUUCACCCAUUCGCACACACAUAUUGAAACAUUUGGGUAAAAAAAAAGUUUUUCCAUUUAACAUACUUCGUAGAUAGAUUAAUUUAAAAAAAAAAAAGAUAUUUUUUCCCCCCUAAAUAAAAUCAAAAUGGUAUCAUGUUUCCACCAGUAAAUGUAGUUAUUUCUCAGCAGAGGAGUAGCUACGAGAGCGGAAACGAAUUGAUGUGAGCCCCGCUGGUUAGCUAAUUAGCUGCUUCUGUAGCGAAUGUAAUGGAUUUAUUUCAGCAAUUGUAGACACGCCAACUCUCGUAGCUGGUUGCAGACAUUUAUUUCAAGAAAGUGUUAUCUUAAUAGAUCAAUGUCACAUUGAAUUUCUCAAAGAGUGGUGGUGCGCUCGCAAAUUUGAUAUCGCCCUCGGAGUAUUGCUUGCAGACGCUUUUCAAAAGCAUGUUUUGCAUAUCAUUCUUCUACCGGUCCAUGGUACCUGUGACAGGAUUAACACAAUAAUUUUUUCAAUUUGCAGCAGUUAAGUGGCCCAAAAAUGUGUUUUUUUUCCACCCACCCUGGUCAUUGCUCUGAAGCAACGAUGGUGCGACGCACGGAGCCCUUGAGCUGGCUAAAGAGGUUACAGUUAUAUCAUUGUACAGUGACUCGGUUGAGCUCGCUUGUAUUUUCUGCUUCCAUCAAAUCAGAUUUUUCUGCCUUCCUCCCCUCUCCACCAUCCCCCCAUUGCCUGCCAGGCAGGCUGAACUCGAGGCUGAUCUGAGCGACUGUCUCUCACAUAUCUCCUCCCCGAACGCACCUUAGCUCCGUGUUUGUUCCGUUCUUAAGCCAGCGGCUCAAGGUUCCGACGCUGAACUGUCACCGAGUUUUUAACCACUGCUCCAACUGGCCGUAUAUGACUGAAGCCAUUGCUUAUGAAUAUAUAUGUAUGCAUCUAUUUAUGCGUAAGAAGGUGCAUGAAUUCAAAGGUCUGGCCCCAAUCAGAGCCUGAUCACAUGUCAUAUUGAUCCGGAUGCAGCCCUUAUUAAUUUGGAAUAUUUGAAGAUACUUUUCUAUGAUGGCACUUGCAAUAUUUUUAGGUGAUUUCUUGUUUUGCCCCCUCAGGUGUAAAGCAACUUAAUUGUAUUUAAUGUCAUUAUUUUCUGUUAAAUUAACAGGUUAGAUUCCCCUGCUAAAAUAAAUGCAUAAAAAUGGAAGUGUACAUAUUUCAUCUGACUAGAAACAUUGUGUAGUAUUUUUGCAAGAGCUGUCUAAAUUAUAUUUAAGGAUAUGUAAAUGAGGUUAACUGUACUUAAGUGGUCAAUUUAAGUUAUUGGAGAGCAUGCUUUGUUGAAUUGAUGAUCUCCUUUGAUCGAUGGAAAUUGAUUGUUUAAUUUAUAUGGUAAAGGUAAAAAGUCAACUCCCUCCCCCACAACCCCCAAAAGAGGUGCUGUGGGUCAUUCGUUUAAAAAAAAACAUCUUGAAUCAACCAUAGAGCAAUCAAAAUUCUCAUUCAUUCGGCAAGCGCAAGCCUCCGGCAAACACUGUGGACUAUCUCAGUUCACUGCCGCCGUCUUGUGUGUUAAAGAAGCUGAGAGGAUAAGCGAUUAGACAUGGGUUUUGUCACACACGAAAGAAAACUGGUUUGGAACAAAAUUGAUUUGCACCGAUGCUUCUCAUGGAUGUAUAUUUUGAUAUAUUCGGAAAAAAGUCUUGGGACGAACGGGGUAUAAACAAAAAAAAAACAAUCUUUUGAUAUUUUUGCAGUAGAGACGUGUCUCUCCGGUAUUAUUGUCACUUUUUUUGUCACACCCUGGAAGAGCUCUUGAAUUAAUGUAACAUCCCUACUGUUUUUAGUGUUGCAUUGAAAGAAUAUUGAUACAUUUUAAUGAAGUUCUUUGUGAAAUUUCA